UAGUCAAAUUCGAUUAUGGAAAUCCGAUUUAGUGGAGUCGAUCCUCAUGUCUCUUCCUCUCUCUCUCCCUCGCUUUAUAAAUUUCUAGGUGAAGCCUGCUUCUGGCAAACUCCUCCUACCUUGAGGAGACAAGGUGACAACCGGGGGGAGGAAAGAGUGAGAGAAAUGGGGAAGGUGGUGUGUGUAACAGGAGCAUCAGGCUACAUAGCGUCAUGGUUGGUGAAGCUCCUCCUAGAGAGAGGCUACACGGUCAGGGCUACUGUCAGAGACCCAGAUGAUCCAAAGAAGACAGAGCAUUUGCGUGCUCUUGAAGGAGCCAGUGAAAGACUUCAUUUGUUCAAAGCUGACCUAUUGGAUGAGGGAGCAUUCGAUUCUGCUGUGAGUGGCUGCGAAGGUGUUUUCCAUACAGCUUCUCCAUUCUUUAUUGAAACUCAAGACCCACAGGCUGAAUUACUUGACCCUGCAGUGAAAGGCACAGUAAAUGUUCUCAGGUCAUGUGCAAAGACUCCUUCUAUCAGAAGGGUGGUUGUGACAUCAUCUAUGGCCGCUGUUGCAGUUGCAAGACGAACACGUACACCUGAUACGGUGGUUGAUGAGACUUGGUUCUCUGAUGCUGAUUUUUGUAGAGAAAUAAAGUCAUGGUAUGUACUCUCAAAGACCCUGGCUGAGGAACAAGCUUGGAAGAUUGCAGAAGAAGCCAAAAUGGACAUAGUCACAAUAAAUCCGGCAAUGGUCAUUGGUCCUCUUCUACAGCCAACCCUGAACACAAGUGCUGCUGCGAUCUUGAAACUUAUAGAUGGGAGUCCAACAUUUCCAAAUACAACUUUUGGAUGGGUGCAUGUCAAAGAUGUAGCUGAGGCUCAUAUUCUAGCAUUUGAAGAUGCCUCAGCUAGUGGAAGAUAUUGUUUGGUAGAGAGUGUUGCCCAUUUCUCAGAAAUAGUGAAGAUUCUCCAAGAUUUGUACCCCGAUUGCAAACUUCCAACAAAGUGUGCUGAUGACCAACCUUUGUCUCCAACAUAUCAGGUAUCUAAAGAAAAGGUUGAAAAGUUGGGAAUCAACUAUAUUCCUCUACAAGUGAGCCUCAAAGAGACUGUUGAGAGUCUAAAGGAGAAAAAGUUUGUCAACCUCUAACUCGAAAACGUAUCCUAUUUUGCGUGCUGGUUUGUACUAUCCAUUGCAUCCUAUAGAGUGCCAGAUAUGAACCACAGCAUAUGUAAGAAUAAGUGGCUCUGCAGGAUGGUAACCGGACAAUGAAUUGUCUAUUGUAUGUCUUGCAUUACUUGGGUUCAUCUACCAAAGUUGGUCAAACUUAGUUUCUGAAACAGAAAUUCUGUGGGGCACCUUGAUUAAUUCGUUAGUUCUCUCUUCUUCUUUC